AUGCAAUUGCAAUUAAAGAACCACGCCUUCAGCUCUCUCCACUUUCAGAAAUAACAGUAUUUAUACCAUCCCCCAGGGCUUCUCGCUGCUCAAUCUCUCAGUCCAACCCCGGGACGCCAGUGCUGGCUAAAGUACGCAAAUUUGCCGAUUUUUUACUAUCGCGAGAGAGCCCCCUAUCCUUGGUCUGUAUGGACCAACUUUGCCAGUUUUAUGUGCUACCGUACAGCUAAGGCAAAAUUACGACGUGAUCCUGAAACGCAAGACUUCAACCGGGGGAGAUUGUACUGUAUAUACAUGAAUAUGGCGAUGGAGUACCUCCAAUUUUUUUAUCUCUGCAUUUUUGCAGUGUUAUUUUUAACGCAUUCAGUCCGGUGUGUGAGCAAAGACCCUGAACCAAUUCCAACAGAUAAACUGCUUGUGCUUACCGUUGCAACUCAGGAGACAGAUGGCUUUCUACGUUUUAUGCAGACGGCGAAGUAUCUGAACUACACUGUUAAGGUUCUCGGUAGAGGAGAGGAAUGGAAAGGCGGCGAUGUGGGAAAAUCGAUUGGGGGAGGGCAGAAAGUGCGACUGCUGAAGGAGGCAAUGCAAGAAUUUGCUGAGCAAGAAGACCUUGUUGUAAUGGCUAUUGACAGCUAUGAUGUUAUCUUUGCUGGUGGCCCUGAGGAGCUCUUAAAAAAAUUUCAACAAGCAAAUCACAAAGUAUUGUUUGCUGCUGAGGGGCUGAUCUGGCCAGAUAAGAGACUAGCAGACAAGUAUCCAUCUGUCCGAAGUGGAAAGCGAUUCCUUAACUCAGGAGGAAUCAUUGGAUAUGCACCAUAUGUUUACCGGAUCGUAGAACAGUGGAACCUUCACGAUAACGAUGACGAUCAACUUUUUUACACAAAAAUAUAUCUGGAUCCUCUCCAGAGGGAACGUCUGAACAUUACGCUGGAUCAUAAGUGCCAGAUUUUUCAAAACCUGAAUGGAGCAAUUGAUGAAGUUUUACUGAAGUUUGGAACAGAAAGAGUGAGAGCACGAAACACAGUCUAUGACACUCUGCCAAUAGCAAUUCAUGGCAAUGGAAACACUAAAAUUUACCUGAAUUAUUUAGCAAAUUACAUACCUAAUAUUUGGAAUUAUGAAACUGGCUGUGGUAUUUGUGAUAAUGACCUUUUUGACUUGUCCAAAGUUAAGGAAUAUCCACGUGUCACACUUGGUGUAUUUAUUGAGCAAUCAACUCCCUUCAUGCCUGAAUUUCUCGACCGGCUUUUGACCUUGGAUUACCCGAAAGAUAAACUAAGCAUUUUUAUUCAUAACAAUGAAGUUUACCAUGAAAAGCACAUCCAGAGGUUUUGGGAACAAAACAAGAAUGCCCUUAAGAGCUUUAAAGUUGUGGGACCAGAGGAGAACCUUAGCCAAGGGGAAGCAAGGAACAUGGGAAUGGAGUUGUGUCGUAGUGACAAGAGCUGUGACUAUUAUUUCAGCAUUGAUGCAGAUGUUGUGUUGACAAAUCCCCAGACUUUGAAACUCCUAAUUGAGCAAAACCGAAAAAUAAUUGGCCCUCUUGUGACCCGACAUGGAAAACUGUGGUCAAAUUUCUGGGGUGCCUUAAGUCUGGAUGGUUAUUAUGCACGCUCUGAAGACUAUAUUGACAUUGUCCAGGGGAAGAGGGUUGGUGUAUGGAAUGUUCCAUACAUGGCUCAUGUCUACUUAAUAAAGGGAGAGACUCUGAGAAAUGAAUUAAAGGAGAAAAACUAUUUUGUCUUAGAAAAACUGGACCCUGAUAUGGCAUUGUGCAGAAAUGCUAGGGAGCUGACAAUACAAAGGGAAAAAGACUCCCCUUCUCCGGAAACAUUCCAUAUGCUCAGACCCCCAAAGGGAGUUUUCAUGUACAUUACAAACCGACAUGAGUUUGGAAGACUUAUUUCAACAGCUAAUUACAACACAUCUCAUUAUAACAAUGACUUGUGGCAAAUAUUUGAAAACCCAGUGGACUGGAAAGAAAAAUACAUUCAUCCAAACUAUAGCAAAAUAUUCACAGAGAACCUCACAGAACAGCCUUGUCCAGAUGUUUUCUGGUUUCCUGUAUUUUCUGAUAAAGCCUGUGAUGAAUUAGUAGAAGAAAUGGAACACUAUGGGAUAUGGUCAGGUGGAAGGCAUAAGGACAAGCGUAUUUCUGGUGGUUAUGAAAAUGUCCCAACCGAUGAUAUUCACAUGUCACAAGUUGAUUUUGAAAAGGAAUGGCUGCAUUUCAUUCGAGAGUAUAUUUCUCCUGUGACACUGAAGGUUUUCUCUGGCUAUUACACAAAGGGCUAUGCUUUGCUGAACUUUGUAGUUAAAUACAGUCCUGUCAGGCAGCCAGCUUUAAGACCACAUCAUGACUCCUCUACAUUCACCAUCAACAUCGCCCUAAACAGAAAAGGAAUAGAUUUCCAGGGAGGUGGCUGUAGGUUUCAUCGAUACAACUGCUCUAUUGAAUCCCCUAGAAAAGGCUGGAGUUUCAUGCACCCAGGAAGACUAACUCACCUACACGAAGGACUGCCAACCACAAAUGGAACUAGAUAUAUUGCUGUCUCCUUUAUCGACCCAUGAACAGGAAUUGACCUUUGCACCUUUGUGUUUUUUACCGUGAAAGUGUUUUUGAAUUCCCCUUGUCCUUUGAACAAUUUUGCAUUUUACUGUAUUGAAUUGUGAAAAACAACUGUGGGAAAAGCAAAAAAAAUGACAUGGCCCACAUAAAAUUAGGGAAGUUGUUUUCUGCGAUGUGCAAAUCCUCCUCUUCUCCUGAACUAAAACUUCACCAGAAGGAAUAUAGUCACUUAGAAUGGAACAUGAAAAGGUGGUUAUGGUUUCUUCCAAAAAGUAAAACGAGCUAAACUGUAACUUUCAUCUGGUGCUUUAGAAUUUUUUUAACUGAUCAUUCUGUUCUUAUUUAUUUAGAUUUAUUAAUAUUAGUUCCACUUCUGGUCGCAAAGGAUAACAUUUUAGAAUGGAUGAUGUGUUGAUAUUGAGAAAUCUCAUUUUUAAUCGGGCAAACUACAGUAUGUACCUGUAUGCUGUUCAGGGAAUGGUUUUGUUUUUGUAUCUUUUCACAGCGAAUGAAUUGGAAAAAGUAAAUGUGUAGAAACAUAAAAAUCCCACAUUUUAGGAUUUCUUUACUUAAUAAACCUCUAAAGGUCUUAUUUGAAAUGGUUUUCAUGAAAAGACAUUGUGCAUUACAACACUUACAUUUACUGUAAGUGAAAGAUUUGUUUGUAAACUUCAGCAAUUUCAAUUAAGUUAUUGUCCGUUUGAUGAAAAAUAAAACAAUUAAAUGAUU